CAAUCUGCUUUUUUCUUUUCUACUGCUAUUAUUUUCUCUGCAACCAAACAAACUAAAGAAAAUAAAAAUGCUCCAUUUUCUUUCUCUUCUCUCAUAAUUUGCUUAAAUGAUCUAGUGCAUGAAUGCAAGCAGUUUCUGAAAUGGGAAUUCAAACUUUUUUAGAAUUGUUUUUAUGUAUUGCAGUGAUGACAGUAGGUGAACUCGACUCGGUUGAGUCAACUCUUAUGAUUAAAAUACAUGGAGCUCCUCCAAAAUAUUCAAGGUUUACUAAUGCUGUUUUUAACUACUCAGUACUAACACCAGAUGGUAGUAAUGCUUGUAACAACAAUGGAUGUUCCAUUUCUUGUCAGAUUGAUGGUCAUAUUUUGAGAUCGUGUCCAGUUGACACAAUUGUAUUCAAGAAUUUAACAGUGAAUCAGAAACAUAAUUUUCUUCUCAAUGUCACAACUCAAAGUGGAGAAACAAACACAUCAUCUUACUCAUGGUUUAUUGAUACAAUUCCACCAACUGCAACAUUAUUUAGUGACCAAAAUCACACAAAUGCUCAAAAAUUAACAGUUGAAGUUACAUUUAGUGAAGCUUGCAGUGGAAUGGGAGGCUUCAAAUGCAUUGACUCAACAAAUUGUGAUGUUUUAUUGGAUGGACCAGCAUAUGUCGAACCUUCUUCACUAAAAAUGAUAAAACCUAGCAAGAAAUAUAGCUUUGACAUAAUCCCUUCGUCCAAGAUUCUAAAUGGGCGAAUCAUUGUUAGAAUGGCAGACAAUUUCUGCACAGACAAGGCUGGUAACAGUUUUAAGAGGACUAAUGCUUCCAUUUUAGUUAUACACUUUGAUAGAAGAGCAGUAGUAGUAGAUAUAUGGAUGCCAGUUUCAUCAUAUGAAUUGGAGAUCAAUGGAUUCCCAAGAACAGUUCUAGCAACUAACAAAAUGGAGAACUUGAAAAUUUUAAUGGAAUUCAGCAUUCCCAUUAUGAAUUCAACACAAGAACUGUUUAAUGCUGUCCGUGUAAAUAUGGGUAACAUAUUACCUAUUUUCAGUAAAAAUCAUGGAGAUCGCAAUUUUGUUUUCCAACUCGAGAACAUAUUAGAAACUGAAAUCAUAACAGUUGAACUAGAUGCUGGAUUAGUAAUCGGCAGGACGGGCGUUCCUGUCUCACCUGUAGCACCACUUACAAUACUUUUUGACUCGACAAAGCCUGGCGUAACGCUAAGUACCAGCUCUCCGAAUGUGACAAAGGCGUCUGAUAUCAAUGUAGUAGUUGAAUUCACAAAGCCAGUUUUCGGUUUUGAGGCUUCCAUGGUGAAUGUUGAAGGAGGGAAACUUACAAGGUUCCGUGGACAUUCAAGGGCUCUUUAUUCAUUCACUGUCGUUGCUGUAACAUCGAGCAUAGUCCUCGUCAGUAUUCCUGAAGGAAAAGUAAAUGACAUUUCAGGAAAUCAAAAUUUGGGCUCUAACCAACUUGAAGUGAAACACUACACGAUCCCUGCAAUUUCACUGGCGCUACACUCCUUCAUUACUGCUGGAGUAUUAGCAACAUCACUGGUGGCAGCUGCACUUUCCAUUUCCUCUGCAAAUCUUGGAGCAAUAGGCUCUCUUGGCUCGGGUAAUACCAUUAAUGCUGCUUCAAACCCGUCGAUGAAUCUACACGGAUUGUAUGGGCACCUUCAAGUGUUUGUCCUCUCAGACUGGUUUCCGGUUAACCAUCCAAUUGAAUAUUCUGAAACAACAAAAGGAUUGAGAUGGCUCAUACCUCGCCAGAAACUUCCGUGGAAAGAGGAUGGAAGCUCAACCUGGCCUAACCAUGUUUAUUUGGCUGAACAAGGUUUCUACAGAUUACCCCUUGGAUAUCCCUACCAUUUAAAAGCGGACCCUUGGUUUGAUCGAAACUUGACCGAUUCUUCCCAUCUGCAAGAUCAACUAUCUUCUCUUAAUAAAAUGGAUCCGAACUUUUCUUGGCUUCAUGAACACAGUAUGAGCAUGAAGAAUUCUCCAUUUGGUCUACCGCUUGAUGCCAGAGAAUAUUAUACUUAUUUCUUGAGAGGAGAGCCGUAUUCUGCUAACAAUGUCGUGAAGAGGAUGGUGAAUUACACGGGAUGGGAAGAUAUGGAGAUGAACUUGUUCUGGCUUGGAAUAGGAGGAGGAAGUUUGCUUAUGAUUCAUAUUCUAAUCUUGAUUUUCCUGAGAUGGAGAAUCGGAGCAUCAUCCACUCAUGGGAUACUUGCGUUUCCAAGAUUUGAGUUUCUUCUUCUCAUUCUCGCAUUACCAUGUAUCUCUCAGGCAUCUGCAUUCGUUAUGAGAGGCGGUACAAUGUGGGGUAUCAUAGCCGGUGCCUUGAUGCUUGUCAUACCAGCAGCAUUCAUUUUAUCAGUUAGUGUUUUUCUUGUAGUUGCUGUUUACCCAGGAAGUUUUGCUCAGUACAAGGAAAUCAAGCAUAUGGAUAUAACAGAAACAUGGCCUACUAAGAUAUGGCUCUUCUUCGUCGGUAAGCCAGUAAUUGGAAAAUGGUUUAGUCCUGAAGGGCUACCCUUAUCGUUCCUUACACGGUUUGGAAUUCUCUUUGAGGAUCGAAAGGGCCCUCCAUUGUUCGUCUAUGUUGAUCAGAAUGAUCCAAACACCAUACCGAAAUGGACUGAAAGUGGGCACACUGGGAUAGGAAGAAUGAGGGCUCUAAGCUCUGAUGAUAGCAACGAAGAAAUCAACACCCCCUUAUUCAAGAGAAUUUUAGGUUGUGCUAGAUCAUUCUACAUUGUUCUCGAUCUUUUAAGAAGAGUCAGCUUGGGAAUAAUAUCCGGAGCUCAAUCUUCUCAAACAUCAAAGGAAAACCUUUUCGCGUUUGCGAUGACAUCUGUACAGUUUAUGUUUCUGUUUACUCUAAAACCAUACAUCAGAAGGGGAGUUCAGGUGGUAGAAAGUAUUUCUUUGUUGUGUGAGUUAGGCAUUUUCGGUUUAUCCUUGGGUAUGGAUCAUUUAAAUCCGCUAGAGUCGAGAAAGCAAGGAUACAUAAUGUUGGCUCUUCUCUUUGUAACCUUUAUUGCUCAGAUUAUAAACGAGUGGUAUGCAUUAAUAAAAUGCACUUUAAGACUCUCUAGGCCUAAGAGGGAUUCUUUCAGGCUUGGAUUGAAAUUUGCUGCUAAAGGUCUUGUAUUCCCUUUCCUUCCAAGGAAGCAUUGGUCGAGUAUUAUACCGAAAAGAGGUACAUCGACCAUCCCACCUCUAAGUCCGGAGACACAAUUUGCGAGAAGAAAUGCAAGUGCAGAGCCUUACAGUGCUAUGACAGCAACAGUUGUUCCUGUGCUUAGUCCUGGUUCACCAGCAGGCCUGGAUAUUAGUCAAAGAACAAGUGCCGCGAUUGCAGAGACGACAAUCACUGCUGGGGAGGAAAAAAGAUUAAAAAUCGAGCGAAGGAAUGAGCUGAAGAAGCUUAGAGAGUUAGCCAAGGCUAGUUUUGCAGGCAUUCCGAAGAGCGAGGAAGGACGAAAUAGAAACUAUAGAUUUAUAGAGCAAACUUGCCCUCCGGCUGAAACAUCGGAUCAUCAUCAAGCCUCCUCUUCUAAAGCCAGAGACCGAUGUUAACAAUUAGAGGCUGAACUUAGUGAAGAAUCUAUGUAUAUUAUUUGCUCAUCUAAACAUACUUUUGUUCA